AAGAUUCUCUGUUGAAACGACGUUAUGUCUAAAAUGUUUCUCUUAGGUCAUUGGUAUUUUAUCAAUAGCUAUGGUUGGUAGUGCCUAUUGUCCAUUAUCGGUACGAGAUCCUCCACAACGUCUACAAGCUCUUGUCAAUCAGACUCAAAGUCGUUUAGUGUUAGUUCAUGCAAGUACACCAACGGUUUUCAGUCUCGACAAUCUAACUCUAAAUAUUGACUGCAUUAUUUGUCUCGAAGAAAGAUUUGGUGAAACUGAUCUGAAUGAAUUUUCCAAUGUUUCUGUAACACCAGAAAGUAUUGUCUUUGUAAUUUUCACAAGUGGGUCAACUGGUAUUCCAAAAGCGGUUCAACUGCGUCAUCGAAACUUCACUGAGUUUAUGCAUUCAUUUGUGAAUAUUGAUGUAGUAACAAAGUCUGACAUAAUAAUACAGAUGGCUCGAUGCUCUUUUGACAAUCAUUUGCUAAGCUUAGUGGGAACACUGGUUGUCGGAGCCACAUUAGUGAUGCUUCGACCAGAAGGCAAUAUGGAUCUAGAAUAUCUUGCCAGUGUGCUUGAUCAAAAGCAGGUUACUGUCAUGCAUGCUGUUCCAUCGCUUCUGAACAGUUUAUUUGAAUUUCUCAAAAUAAGAAAGCGUACGUCAGCAUUGAAAUAUUUACGAUCUUUAUGCAGCGGUGGUUAG